ACGCCUUGCUGGCAGACCUGGAAUCCACCACCUCGCAUAUCUCCAAACGGCCAGUGUUCCUAACAGAGGAAACGCCUUACUCCUAUCCAACUGGAAACCACACAUACCAGGAGAUCGCUGUGCCACCUCCAGUGCCCCCACCACCCUCCAAUGAGGCGCUGAACGGCACAGUGAUCGACCCCUUAGACCAGUGGCAACCCAACGUAUCCAGAUACGUCCACCAGCAACCUCAGUCCCAGUCUCCUAUAUACAGCUCUAGUGCCAAAAGCUCCAGUGCCUCUGUUGCUAGAGACGGGCUCAGCUCUCCUCCCCGUGCCAGUGAAGAGGAGCACGUCUACAGUUUCCCGAACAAGCAGAAGUCUGCAGAACCAUCCCCCACGAUGACCAGCUCGUCUCUGGGCAGCAACCUCUCAGAACUGGACAGACUUCUUCUGGAACUGAAUGCCGUUCAGCAUAAUCCCGCCAGUGGUUUCCCAGCAGAUGAAACCAGCAGAAGCCCAUCACUGCCUAGCGUGACUGGACCUCACUAUGUCGUCCCAGAGAGCAGCAGCUCGGUGGGAGGGAAGGCUGCACCCCCUACAAAAGAAAAGCCAAAGAGAAAUGGUGCGCGUGGGAUUGAAGAUGUGCGUCCCAGCGUGGAGAGCCUGCUGGACGAGCUGGAGAGCUCUGUGCCAAGUCCAGUCCCUGCAAUCACUGUGAGCCAAGGUGAGGUGAGCAGCCCCCAGCGGGUCACCGCCAGUCAGCAGCAGACGCGUAUAUCUGCUUCUUCAGCUACACGAGAACUGGAUGAGCUGAUGGCAUCUCUCUCUGACUUUAAGUUCAUGGCGCAGGGGAAAGCCGGGAGCAGCUCCCCCCCAUCCACAGCCUCCAAACCUGGCAGUCAGCUGGACACCAUGCUGGGAAGUCUGCAGUCUGACCUGAACAAACUGGGUGUUGCUACCGUUGCCAAAGGUGUCUGUGGAGCCUGCAAGAAGCCUAUUGCUGGGCAGGUAGUUACAGCCAUGGGGAAAACCUGGCAUCCUGAGCACUUCGUCUGCACCCACUGCCAGGAGGAGAUCGGGUCACGCAACUUCUUUGAGCGGGAUGGCCAGCCCUACUGCGAGAAGGACUAUCACAACCUCUUCUCCCCUCGCUGCUACUACUGCAAUGGGCCAAUCCUUGAUAAAGUGGUGACGGCUUUGGACAGGACAUGGCACCCUGAACACUUUUUCUGUGCCCAGUGUGGAGCUUUCUUUGGACCUGAAGGAUUUCAUGAGAAGGAUGGCAAAGCCUAUUGUCGCAAAGACUACUUUGACAUGUUUGCUCCCAAGUGUGGAGGCUGUGCCCGGGCUAUCCUGGAAAAUUACAUCUCUGCCUUGAACACCCUGUGGCACCCUGAAUGCUUUGUCUGUCGGGAAUGUUUCACACCAUUCAUCAAUGGCAGCUUCUUUGAGCAUGAUGGGCAGCCCUACUGCGAGGUGCAUUUCACGGGACGCUGCAUCACUGCUAUGGGCAAGAAAUUUCACCCCGAACACUUUGUCUGUGCCUUCUGCCUCAAGCAGCUCAACAAAGGAACCUUCAAAGAACAGAACGACAAGCCCUACUGCCAGAACUGCUUCCUCAAGCUCUUCUGUUAG